AUGGAACCAGCGGAAGCAAAGACGGGGGAGCCGGUCGCCGACGUGGAGAAGCAGCAGCCGCUGCUGCUGCCUCCCACGGCGGCCGCCGAGACGAAGGCGCUGUCGGGAGACGCCUGCGCCUUCGAUUGCGAGGCGUUUCCCCGCGCCUCGCCGACGGCGACGCGCACGCUGGCGUUUCUGGCGGCGCGCGAGGUGUACGUGCUCCUCGCCGUCUUCGCGUCGCAGCUGGCCAGCUUCUGCCUGUUCACGUCGCUGCUGGCGCUGUGCGCGCUCCUGGAGGACCGCGGGCGCCGCGCGAGGUGGGCGGCCGGGCAGGUGCUGCAGUGGUCUGUCGCCAUGGCGGUCCCCACGAGCAUGGCGUGCUGGGUGGUCCAGAGCGCGCCGGUCGCCGUCGGGGCCGCGCUGCUGGGGGCUGGGGCUCUCCUGGCCGCCGUCCUUGCCUGCCACGCCGAGCUCGUACGCGCCCUGUGGCCCGUGCAGGGGCCUCGCUGA